AUGGACCCCACAACGAGCAAGACCCGCCUGCGCCUCUCUCUCGAACGCGCCGCUGCAGGAGGCGCCCCUUCCAUAGGACAAUGGCUCGAGUUCCCCGGCUACACUCUCGCCAGAACUGUCGCCUCCCUCCCGGGCGUCGACUGGGUCCUCAUCGACUGCGAGCACGGCAACAUCGACGAUGCGGCGAUGUAUCACUCCGUUGCGGCUGUGGUGGCCGCGGGAGCGAGUCCGAUUGUGAGGAUCGCCGGGAGUGAGAAUUGGAUGGUGAAGAGGGCGUUAGAUGCUGGAGCCCAAGUCGCCCGCUUCGCCCACUAUCCCAGCAAAGACUUCCCCUCCGCAACCCGAGGCCAAGGCGGACUUUUCGCACCCCCAAACUUCUCCCUCGACCCCAAAUCCUACGCCCUCACCGCCAACGCCCUCAUCACAAUCAUAGUCCAAAUCGAAACCCGCACAGGCGUCACCAACGCCGCUGCCAUAGCCUCCAGGCCCGGCAUCGACGCGCUCUUCAUCGGCCCCAACGACCUCGCCUCCAGCAUGGGCCACUUCGCUUUCGACCACGCCCAGAUCCCCGAAGUGCAGGAAGCUGGGAAGACGGUUCUGGCGGCGGCGAAGAAGGCGGGGAAGUUUGCGGGGUAUUUCUCGUUGGGUGCGGAGGAUGCGGCGAGGAGGGUGAGGGAGGGGUGGGAGUUUGUUAAUUGUGGGGCGGAUCUUGUGGCGAUUACGAGUUGGAUGGGGGCGGAGAUGGGGAGGUUGAGGGGUUUGGUGGAGGGGAUGGGGUCGGCGUGA